GUGUGGGUGCUGAAGUUGGGCGGAUGGAAGAAAAACACCGCCGAUGGAGAUUAUACGGCAGGAUGUAUCUUUACUGUGCGAUCUGACAAGCAUCAACAUAAAACACGUAUAAAGUAACCACUAUAGACGACUGACAACCAGAAUUAAAAGGAUGUUAUAUUGUUGCUCCCCUUGCGCUCAACACUGCAAAUGGUCCACCCACUGAGUCCCUGAACUCUGCUGAGACCCAGGCGGAAACUGCUGUCCUCCUUAUCCCUCCUCACCUCCUGGCCCUCCAUCAGGGAUGCCCCGAAGUUUAAGCGGAGUUGAUAUGAGAAAACGGCAGCAGCCACACAUUGAAGGACGUCCCCAGGCGCCUGGCCACCCAAGGCCCAACAACUGCUGCAUGUGCUGGUGUGGCUGUUGUAAAUGCCUCUGGAAUGAGGACCACAUGGAGCGUUCCGAACGGACAUGCACUAAAAUGGAUAGUAUUGAAGCCACAGAGGAGCAGCAACCCACUCUAGACGAGGUGGUAGCCUGGGCCCGUAGCUUCGAGCUGGUGAUGCGCUCCUCAGAAGGCAGGGAGAUUUUCCGAGAAUUUCUGCGCUCUGAGUACAGCGAAGAGAACCUGUUGUUCUGGCUGGCCUGUGAGGAGCUGAAGAAGGAGACGGACCCGACUGCGAUCGAUGAGAAAGCCAGGAUCAUCUACGAGGACUACGUCUCCAUUCUAUCGCCGAAAGAGGUGAGCCUGGAUUCGCGGGUGAGGGAAGGCAUCAACCUGAGCCUGACGGAGCCCAGCAACAUGAUGUACGAGGAGGCCCAGCUGCAGAUCUACACCCUGAUGCACAGAGACUCCUACCCCCGUUUCCUCAACUCCUCCUUUUACAGGGACCUUCUGGACAGCAAGAGAAGCUCCUGCCUUGACACCUAAAGUAACCCUCCCCCCAAGCAAAACAAAAAAAACAAGAAGACAAUAAGGUGCCAGAACUGGGUUUGAUAUUUUCCUCAAAACAUUUUUAAAAAAAGAAACAAGAAAAUAAUGAAUAGUUUAAGCAAUUUCAAGUGUCUGCUCGCAGGAGGCCCUGAGGGUUAGUUCCUGGUUUAACUGCAGAUAAGAUCUCCUCGGGCUACUGUGACAAAGAGAAACAAAAGGAAGGACAGACCCAUUGUUCCUGUACUGUACUUUUGAGUUCUCCUCCUUUCGCUCUCUCUUUCUCUAUCUUGCUCUGUAUUUUUCUCUCUCAAAUUCUGUCCCAUGCCUCAGCCAUCUUUACAGUCCAAAAACAAUGUCCUUUUUACGAUGGCUGUAGAGCUUGACCGCGGUGAGCAGGAAAAUCACUGACUUUGCAUGUAACAAGGUAAUGGAAUUCGCUCUACGGUAGCUUGGUAUUUUAGCAGUGGACUGCAAAGGUUCUUGAAUAUGAGAUGUAUUUUCUUCUGUUCUAGGGAUUACCCUGUCAAACUCUUGAUGUGUUAUGUGAAGGGAAUAUUGAUAUUUGCCAAUUAGCUUGCAGUCAUUGAUUUUGAGAAGGUUGAAAGUUUUACAGCAGUGUUAAUAUCCAAGCACUUGCAUUCUUUACAACUCUAAAACUGGGAGAAGGGCUAGAAUUGUGGUUGGGCAGCUAAAUGUCUUAUGAACAUUACUUUCCACAGGAAAUCACAAUGCCUUUAUGUGAAAAGGGCAGCACAAGAGCUGCUUGUUAUGGCAACAACCACAGUUUAGUGGACCUUUCUAUCCUUCCCGCACCAUCUCACCCUGAGAGAAGCACAGGUUAUGUCAGAGGUUGGAAUCAUUGUUGGAGAAAAAGAAAUCAAACAUUAAAUUCAGUCGUUUCAUACAAUAAAUCAUGAACACUUUACAGCUCUGAGAAUGAAAGAGAACCAUUUACUUUUUAGUUUUUCUACUGCCUAUAAUAUAAAUAGUAGUAAUCACGAUGCCUUGGUUCGGAAGGUCAAGUAUAAGAUAGCGGUAUGUCUGAUGCAUUGCAGACACAUAGAAUUAUGAAGUAGGCCUAUAUGGCUUCUGGUUUUAAAGCUGUAGCUAGUCCUAGACUGAAGGGGUCAGUGCCAGCUAAGUAACAGCCCAGCCGAGGGCAGAAGAGGCCAGGUAGAAUCAGACUUGUUUAUAUAGAGGUGGUUUGGAGGUUUCCAGUCCUGUUCACCAGAUGUUCAUCUGUCUUUAAGCCUGGCUAGUGAGACUCCAGUAAGAUGCUUGGAUCUUCAGUGAGCCCCGUGCCUUUAACAGUCUCUCUGCUUUCCAGGGAUGGCCAGGGGAGGUGAAUAGAGAUUUUGGAGACGAGUCGUUGUUUUCUUUUCCUAAAAUUGCCAGCAUGUAUUAAUGUGUGUACCUGCCGUCCAGAUACAUACGUAGAUACAGAUACAUACACUACCGUUCAAAAGUUUGGGGUCACUUACAAAUGUCCUUGUUUUCAAAAGAAAAGC